AUGAUAUCAUUUCUAGUUCGUUUUAUUAAAGCUUACAAUGAGAAAACAUCGACAACUUGGAUUGUACCAGAUUUUGCAGAUGAAGGUGUAAAAAGACCAGGUAAAGGAUUUUGGAUAAGAUGCAACUCAAAAAUUCUACAAUUAACUACUAAAGAAGGGAAAUACAAGUAUAUUGAUAAUAAUGCAUUUUGGAGACCUGAUAUGCAUGAACAUGUUUGGAAUGUACUUCUUGAUAGAACUCUGUCACAAUGGAAUAAGGUUUUAUUGUAUAUUGGAACUAAAAGAUUUCCUCAUAGUAAAAAUAUAGUUUUUGUUCCAAUAAUUCCAAUAGUCAAAUCAAAAUCAACAUAUUUUGUAGAAUACAAAAUAGGAAAUGAGAAAUUAUGGAUUAAUGGAAUUAAUUGUGUAUUUAUACUUGAUCCUAUAAAAACACAAGGAGAUACUAUUAUUAAUAAUCAACAACAACAUCCACAUCAGCUAGUGCAAUCAAAAAGAAAUUCUAUUUCAUCAACACCAAUAUCUUUUAUUAAAAAAGUUUCUUUCUAUAACAGAGAAAAUAAUUUAAUUUCAUAUAAUGUGACAUUUUAUAAUGUAAAAGAUUUAUUUGGGAAUCAUGAGUUGAUUAGAUUAAGAAAAUUUUUAAAGUUAAAUGACAACGAUAAUGAUGUGAGAAUGUUUGGUUUGGUUACAUUUUUAUCUACUAAAUCACUUUCCAUGGCUUUGUGGAAAUUGCAUUUAUACUUACAAGACAUUUAA